AAACUGCAAAAAACAAAACAAAACAAUAGAAACCAUCACAGAAAUUCUAUUGGAUUAAAUGUUUUUAAUAGGAAUUUUAUUGGUUGUAAUGGAAACUAUAAUGGUCUGUUGGUAUCUGGCAAGGGUGUAUAUGGUUUGAACAUUGGGGAAUUAUAUACGUUGCUGUCUGUUUUUUAUGUAAAUAUGUUUUAUGCGUAGUGUUAUUGGAUCAUUUAUUUCUUCUAUCUAUCUAGAAUCAAUCUAUUCUUUGAUGCGUCGAUAUUAAUGCUUUAACUGAUUACAAAUUCAACAUACAAUUAUAAAGGAACACAUUUUUUUUAGAUUUUUACAUUCCACCUUAAUGCAUUUUAAUCUUGUUGAAAGCGAAAGACAAUCAGCUCUUUAACACCUGUAAAAAUGGAAUUUCCGCACACGUAGCUACUAUUGAUACACCUUCUCAUGUGAUCGUUCUGGGAACGUUUGUUUUUGGUUGCCGACCGUGAACUUGCCUCGUCGUUACAUUCUGUAAAAACAAAACUGUAUCCUUGCGCCUCGGCCGGAGAAUCUUGUAGUUUAAAUGUUUAUAAUCCGCCUAUUUUCAUGUCAUAUGAAAUAUGAUAUUAUAUUACGUGAAGAAAUUCGCAAUUAAAGCAGGAUUACUUUGUCAAGCGUAAUGUGUCGUAGCAGUGAGCAGAUUGACCAGAUUCACCUCUGCAGCUCCAUCAUGGAUCAAACAUCAACAGAUGGAGAUUUUUCUCCAGAAUGCAGUUCAGGACAUCAGAAGAGAUCAGAUCCAGAGCCCAGCUAUGCGUCUAUGAAGAGUGACCACUCCAUAAAGCACCCAAAUAACUUUAAGAGUGAAGAUUCAAGGUCUGCUGUCAGACGAAUCAUAACAGAACCCGACUGUAAGAGGAGGAAGAUUGAGCAAUCUGAAAAUAAACUACAAGACUUCAAUGAAUACAGCCAUGACUCUAAAGUCCCGAGCACAUUUAAAUCAAAGCUAAUAGAGAAGUUUGAGUGUUUGAAUGAGGUAUUAUCAUAUGAGAGAAACCCAACACUACUGAAUGAGAUCUACACAGAGCUCUACAUCACAGAGGGUGAAAGUGGAGAGAUCAGUAAUGAACAUGAGGUGAGACAGAUUGAGACACAAUCCAGAAGAACAACAACAGAGGAGACACCAAUCAAAUGUAAUGACAUCUUUAAACCUUUACCUGAACAAGACAAACACAUCAGAAGUGUGCUGACAAAGGGAGUCGCUGGCAUUGGAAAAACAGUCUCUGUACAGAAGUUCAUUCUGGACUGGGCUGAAGAGAAAGAGAAUCAGGACGUCCACCUCAUAUUUCCAAUUCCUUUCAGAGAGAUCAAUUUGAUGAAGGACAAAACACUCAGUCUUUCAGAUCUUCUUCAUCUUUUCUUUCCAGAAUUUAAAGAAAUGGAAAUCUUCAGUGAGAAAUAUAAAGUGUUGUUCAUCUUUGAUGGUUUAGAUGAGUGUCGUCUGUCUCUGGAUUUUCACAGCAGUGUGAAGUUGUGUGAUGUAAGUGAAUCGACCUCAGUGGAAGUGAUGCUGACAAACCUCAUCAAGGGGAAUCUGUUUCCCUCUGCUCUCAUCUGGAUCACCUCCAGACCAGCAGCAGCUGAUCUCAUCCCCUCUGAGUGUGUUGAUCGAGUCACAGAGGUACGAGGCUUCAGUGAUCCACAGAAGGAGGAAUACUUCAGGAAGAGAAUCAGUAAUAAGAAUCUGGCUGAUCAAAUCAUCUCACACCUGAAGUCAUCCAGGAGUCUCUACAUCAUGUGUCACAUCCCAGUCUUCUGCUGGAUUUCAGUCACUGUUCUAGAGAGAAUGUUGAGUGAAGCAGAGAGAAGAGAGAUCCCCAAGACUCUCACUGAAAUGUACACACACUUCCUGAUCAUCCAGACAAACAUCAAACAUCAGAAGGACUAUGAGAAGAAAGUGAAGGAUAAAGACAUGAUCUUUAAACUGGGGAAACUGGCUUUGGAGCAGCUUGUGAAAGGCAAUCUGAUCUUCUAUGAUGAAGACCUGAGAGAGUGUGGCAUUGAUGUAGCAGAAGCAUCAGUUUACUCAGGAUUGUGUACUCAGAUCUUCAGAGAGGAGUUGGGCUUGAAUCAGGGGAAAGUUUACUGCUUUGUUCAUCUGAGCAUCCAGGAACAUCUAGCAGCUGUUUAUGCCCACAUCUCAUUUAUAAAUAGUAACAUACAGCAGUUCUAUGACAACUUUCUGCAGAUAAAUUUAUCAAACUUGCACCAAAAUGCUGUGGAUGGGGCUUUAGAUAGUAAGAAUGGACAUCUGGAUCUUUUUCUUCGUUUUCUUCUGGGUUUGUCACUGGAAUCGAAUCAGAAUCUCAUACGAGGUUUGGUGACACAGACAGAUCGCAGCUCUCACAGCAAAGAGAAAACAAUCAAAUACAUCAAACAGAAAAUCAGCGAGAAUCCUCCUCCAGAGAAAUCCAUCAAUCUGUUUCACUGUCUGAAUGAACUGGGUGAUCAUUCAUUAGUGGAUGAAAUCCACAAUCAUCUGAAAUCUAGAAAAAUAAGUGGAGUCAACCUCUCUUCAUCUCAGUGGUCAGCUGUAGUUUUUGUGUUGUUGACAUCAGAAGAGAAGCCGACUGAGUUUAAUUUGAAGGAUUUUGUGAAUACUGAAAACAAUUCUGAAACACUGAAAGUUCUUCAGAAGCUGUCACCUGUGAUUUGUGAAUCCAGAUCAGUUCAGUUAAGUUCUUGUAACAUCACAGAUGAAGGUUGUGUUGCUCUGACUUCAGCUCUGAGAUCAAACCCAUCACACCUGAGAGAUCUGGAUCUGUCUCAUAAUAUUCUUGGAGAUUCAGGAGUGAAGUUGAUCUCUAAUGUACUGGAGAAUCCUGGUUGUAAAAUGGAGAAAAUAAGGUUAAGAAGUUGUAAUAUUACAGAUGAAGGUUGUGAUGCUUUGACUUCAGCUCUGAGAUCAAACCCAUCACACCUGACAGAUCUGGUUCUACCUGAUAAUAAUCUUGGAGAUUUAGGAGUGAAGCUGAUCUCUGAUCUACUGAAGAAUCCUCACUGUAAACUACAGAGGCUGAAGUUGUGUAAGUGUCAUAUCACAGAUGAAGGUUGUGUUGCUCUGUCUUCAGCUCUGAGAUCAAACCCAUCACACCUGAGAGAUCUGAAUCUGUCUGAUAAUAAUCUUGGAAAUUCAGGAGUAAAGCUGAUCUCUAAUGUACUGAAGAAUUCUGACUGUAAACUAAAAAUACUCAAGUUGUGGAGGUGUAAUUUUACAGCUGAAGGUUGUGUUGCUCUGACUUCAGCUCUGACAUUAAACCCAUCACACCUGAGAUAUCUGAAUCUGUCUAGAAAUGAUCUUGGAGAUUCUGGAAUGAAGCUGAUCUCUGAUGUGCUGAAGAUUCCCAACUGUAAACUGGAGACAUUGUGGUUGUGUACGUGUCAUAUCACAGAUGAAGGUUGUGUUGCUCUGUCUUCAGCUCUGAGAUCAAACCCAUCACACCUGAUACAUCUAAAUCUGUCUGAUAAUAAAUUGGGAGAUUUAGGAGUGAAGCUGAUCUCUGAUGUACUGAAGAAUCCUGACUGUAAUCUGGAGAAACUGGAAUUGAGGGAGUGUAAUAUCACAAAUAAAGGUUGUGCUGCUCUGACUUCAGCUCUGAGAUCCAACCCAUCACACCUGACAGAGCUGAAUCUGUCUUAUAAUAAUCUUGGAGUUUCAGGAGUGAAGUUGAUCUCUGAUCUAAAAGAUGAUCCACAUUAUAAACUAGAAACAGUACGGACUUAAACCCCUGGGGUCCGACCACUUUGGGACACUGGCAGAGGUUCUGAGAUGCUUGGUCUUUUUUUAGUUGCUUUAAACAUAUCAAUGGUUCAUAUCACAUAACACUGUAUUCAGCACAAACUGUGCUAAAAUAUACACACCUUACUCAUAUAUAUAUAUUGUAUUUUUAAGUAAAUGAUGUUUAUGGGUGGUUAGUAAAAAUAAAACAAAGGUUGCUGAAAUAAGGCCAAUGAACACACACUAAACAUUUUUUCAGCAACAUAAAAGUACUGGAUCUUGUAGAGUUGGUAAUUUGCUACAAAAAGAUGUAAAAACCAUUUAUUCACAUGAAACAAUGUAUUGAUUUAACUUUUGUAAGACAAGGGAGGGUGAAUGUCAUGAUGUGAUUCACACCUGGAGAUGAAGACCCAACCCCCUAAUGCCUCAAUGAGUUGUGCUAGAAAGAAUUUAAAGGGACACUUCACCAAUUUGCAUUAAGCUUUGUAUCGUUAGAACCCCAGUCAUGUUUUUGAAUGGUCAUGCAUCAUUCCCUCAGUUUCCCCUGAGAUGGGAGAAAUACAGAUUUCAGUGUUGCACUUCCUUCUUUCAGUGAUGUAAAAUCAUCAUUUUGCGUAAUUGAAAGAAGGAAGUGAUAUAUCUUUGUUAAGGGGGAUUGAGACUACAAACACCCCUUUUCUCUGUCAAAUAGGCACCAAAUUAUAUGACGCACUUUCAAUAAUGAUUAAUGUUUCUAUGGGUGAAAUGCUCCUUUAAGGACAUUUUUGUACACAUACAUUUUAGCAGACAACUUUGUGUCAGUUUGAAAAACAGUUCCUGAAGAUACAAGUGAACAUCACAUGACUGGCAUUUCCAAAGUCUUUAUACAAGCAAUGCUAAGAAUCUGAAACUUUGAGUGAUACACAAUAGAUGUAUGAGCUGUUACAUAAACUCCAUAGUUUUGUACUGAUGAGAGUGAUGCAGACCUGUAAGAAAGUUAUAAACAGCUGUUAGCAUAAAUUGUCCACAGAAAUACCAAAUAAGCUUACCUACAUAACUUAUGGGUAAAUAUCACUGAUAGCACUAAAUACAGAUGAACUGUACAUACACUACAUUUAGAACAUCUCAGAUUUACAUCUGCAGUGCUUGGUUAUAUAAAAAGCUAUUUUCAGAUGCCCACCGACUGAUUGUUCAUAGCUUCUGUUUAUAACAAUGUUUUAAUGCGUUCUGUAAACGUGUAUAAACUGUUUAACUCCUGCGUAAAUAAUGAUGUUGCAUGUAAACAAUAGCGCAAUGUACAGAAUCAUGUUACAAAACCCGAAACGUGAAAGAAAACAAGCAUCUAAAUCAUCGCAUUUAACGCCACAGUUUUACAAGCACCUAACCCUGUUAAUCUGCACGAGGAUGCU